AUGCAUUGUAAAAUGGCCAUGUCAGCUGGUAGUCUUAACACAGUAACUCGACCUAUCCCCAAACCAUCUGAUUUUAAAUUUGGUAAAGAAAUUGGACAAGGUACCUUCUCAACUGUUUACGUCGUGCAAGAAAUUUCAACAAGUUCAGAAUUCGCUAUGAAAGUCGUUGAUAAACAACGUGUUUGGCGUUACAAGGCCGUGGAUUCUGUGCUGAUGGAGAAGGAAAAAAUUUUAAGUUUAUCUUAUACAUUUGCUCCAAAUUUCGAUCCAGUCGCAAAAGAUUUGGUGGAACAAUUACUUGUAAUCAGUCCCAAUGAACGCCUUGGUAGUCCUACCCAUGGUGGUUCCAUAUCUGUACGUCAACAUAUGUUUUUCUCUGGGAUUAAAUGGGACACAUUACCGUAUCAAGAACCACCUUUACUAGUUCCAAACUUGGAACCUAUUGCUCCAGAAGGUUGGGACAAUCUGCCAGUUGGUUUUAAAGAAGCAGAGAAAUAUCACUUAUCACGUGAGCUCGAACUAUCUGCUUCCCAAAUAACUGAAGAUGAUCGUAUUCGUUUAUUAAGUGCACAAGCAAAACAUAAUCCUUUCAAUUGCUUUGUUCGUGGUCGUUUAAUUUUAAAACAAGGUAUAUUGUUUAAGCGUCGAGGUUUAUUUGCAAGAAGGCGGAUGUUUUUACUAACCGAAGGACCACAUCUCUUUUACGUCGAUGUUGAAAAUAUGACACUUAAAGGAGAAGUUGCAUGGUCCAAUUCGUUAGCUGUUGAAUUGAGAAGUGUUAAAUUAUUUUUUAUUCAUGUUCCAAAUAAAACAUAUUAUUUAGAAGACCCUUCUGGUCAUGCUGAUGAUUGGGUAAAACAAAUCACAUCCGUUAAAGCACGAUAUUUUAGUAAUACUCAAACCUUAGGUUCAGAUACUCCAAGUACUUCAACUCAUUUAGGCUUAUAA